AUGUUGGAGUUUAUUCCGGGAGAAAUCUUUGUGGUAGGAGUUGUCUUGCUUAUUACCAUCAUUGCCUAUUCUUCACAACUUGUUUUAUUUUUACCUGCUUAUGGCUGGUGGAGUAUAACAAGUCUCGUUAUGUUACUGCCUUUCAAUGUAUUGGUUAUUAUGACAUACUACAACUAUUAUCUCUCAGUUACUACUGAUCCUGGCAAGAUUCCAUCCAACUGGGAACCACCUUCUUCUCUUGUCAUGUCAAAAGAAAUCACGUCUGAAGGCAUCACAGGUCCACGGUACUGUAAGACAUGCAAAGUAUAUAAACCACCACGAAGUCACCAUUGUCGAUACUGCAAGCGCUGUGUGUUAAAAAUGGAUCACCAUUGUCCUUGGAUCAAUAAUUGUGUAGGAUACGACAAUCAUGGACAUUUUGUUCGGUUUAUUAUUUAUGCCGUCGUAGCUUGCUCUUACGUAAUUGCUCUGUUAAUAGGUAGAGUAAGGGCCAUCAUGGAAGCCAUUCGCCAUUUUCAGUUUGAUGCUGAGCCAAACACACUUCAGAUUAUAUUUAUGGUCCUCAAUUUUGUAUUGGCAUUUAUUGUGGUAUUCUGUGUAGGCAUCUUGACAGUGUAUCAGUUGUAUUGUCUAUCCAGGAACCAGAGCAAUAUUGAGGCAUGGGAAAGAAGCAAAGUAGAAGGGUUGAUCAGACGAGGCAAGAUUCUACCUAUUCAGUAUCCUUUUGAUCUAGGGAUCUAUCGCAAUCUAUGUGAAGUAUUAGGUCCUCAGCCUUUGACUUGGCUUUGGCCUAAACCAAUGCAAGGGGAUGGUCUUUCUUUCCCUGUGACACUGGGCACAGAUCCUCGACUACCUUAUUAUUGGCCACCUCGCGAUCCUGAUGAUUUAAGGCCCUCUAUCUUUUCUUCAAAAUACAAACGACAGCAAGAAACACAGCGAUUAUUAGCGCAAGAUCCUAAUGCAGUGAUAUCAGAAGACGAGUCAGAAGGGUAUUAUGAUUCAGGCAGUUUUGUAUCAGACAGUGAUGCUGAUUAUUCCAUUGAUGAUGAAGAAGAAGGUGUUCGACGAUUUGUCAGUCAUAGUGUCUAUGAUUUAUCAGGCACAUCUUGUGCUGAGCAUAAACAACAGUAUAACAGAAGGACAUAUCAUAGAGAAGAUCAAGAUACUGAAGAAGAAGAAGAUUCAAUUCCUUUAUCCACGUUGGCCACAAGAAAGAAGAUGCCCUCUUCUAAAGAAGACUAA